AUGCUGGCACAAGCUCUGCUCCUUCUCUGCUCGGUGGUCCGCCUGGCAACCACCCAGACCAUCGAUCCCGACACCGUCCCGAUCGCCACUCGAGACAAUUGGUGUCUGGCGCAGCAGUCCUCUUGCCCGCUGAUCUGUCUCCAGCUGCCGAACACGACUGACACACCGCAGCAGAACAGCUGUGACCCGUCCACCCUCGACUUCUCCUGCGUCUGCAGCAACGGCCAGACACCCAACGCGUCCGAAUACACCCAGACAAUCCCCUACUUCAUCUGCACGACCGCCAACGACCAGUGCGUGAAGAACUGCGGCACCGACUCGACCUGCGCGGCCGCCUGCCGACAGGACCACCCCUGCGGCGCGCAGGACCCGAAGCGCGUCAACACCACCGCCACCACGACUCCCACGCCCAGCGCCUCCGCCAGCGCCUCGGGCGGCAACGUCGUCUACACCGGGUUCGGCGCCGCGGCGACGGCUGCCCCGGGCAAGGGCAUGGCACCUGGCGGUCUGAUGGUGGAGAUUGGGCAGGUGUACGGCGUGUUUGUGCUCGUUGCUGGGUUGCUGGGUGGUGCGGCUGUCUUGCUGUAG